UAUUUUGCGCUUUAAUAUCCGAUUCUUGAUUAAAUAGUUAUUUUACAAAAAGUUGUCGGAUCAUUAGCAAUAUAAUAUGUGUUAUUACUACGCCAAAUAAUUGAAUAUUUGGCAUUUUUUCUUCAUUUUAAGAACUUAAUUUAUGACAAGAAAUAUAUUAGGCUGAUAAGAUCACAUUAUGGAGCGAAAUUAAGGGUUUCUUCAAGGUGCAUUUAUUGUUGUGAAAUUCAAGAGGAUAGGAUUCUUUGAGGCAAAUAUAGCAUUUGAUGGGGAAUAAUUGCGUCGGUCCCAAUGUGGGUAAGAAUGGCUUCUUGCAGUCUGUCACCGCUGCAGUCUGGAACACCCGGGAGCCGGAAACCCUCCCGGCACCCAAUCAGCAGCAAGAAGGAAAUAGUAGUAACGAGAAGAAUUUAGAGGGUGAAGGUUCUGGUUCUACCACCGCGCCUAUACAGCCAAUAAUUGCCGGUGAGCAGGCCAAACCAGGAGAUCCCCAAAAGGAGGCAGGGCAAGGCACCAAGCCAAAUCACUUAAAGAGAGUAUCAAGUGUAGGCCUACAAGUUGAAUCAGUUUUACAGCGAAAAACAGGGAAUUUGAAGGAGAUAUAUUCAUUGGGAAAGAAGUUAGGACAAGGGCAAUUUGGGACAACAUUAUUAUGUGUGGAGAAAGAAACUGGUAAAGAAUUUGCGUGCAAAUCAAUUGCUAAGAGGAAAUUGAUUAGCGAGGAAGAUGUGGAGGAUGUAAGAAGAGAGAUUCAGAUAAUGCACCACUUAGCAGGGCACCCGAAUGUUAUAUCCAUUGUGGGAGCUUACGAAGAUGCAGUUGCAGUUCAUGUCAUAAUGGAACUCUGUGCGGGUGGGGAGCUUUUUGAUAGGAUCAUACAGAGGGGACAUUACACGGAAAGGAAGGCUGCUGAGCUUGCUCGGAUAAUAGUUGGUGUUGUAGAGGCAUGUCAUUCCUUAGGGGUUAUGCAUAGGGAUUUGAAGCCAGAGAAUUUCCUUUUUGUUAACGAACAAGAGGAGUCACCACUUAAAACCAUUGACUUUGGCCUCUCAAUGUUCUUCAAGCCAGUUGAGACAUUCAGCGACGUGGUUGGAAGCCCUUAUUAUGUAGCUCCAGAGGUAUUGAAGAAGCACUAUGGUCAAGAGUGUGAUGUUUGGAGUGCUGGAAUCAUUAUAUACAUUUUGCUAAGUGGAGUGCCUCCAUUUUGGGAUGAAACGGAACAAGGGAUAUUUGAACAGGUUUUGAAAGGAGAACUUGAUUUUGUAUCUGAGCCUUGGCCUAGUAUAUCCGAUAGUGCAAAAGAUCUUGUCAGAAGAAUGCUUGUUCGAGAUCCUAAAAAGCGGCUGACUGCACAUCAAGUUCUGUGCCACCCAUGGGUCCAAGUUGAUGGUGUUGCUCCAGAUAAGCCUCUUGAUUCUGCUGUGCUAACUCGUCUGAAGCAGUUUUCCGCCAUGAAUAGGCUCAAAAAGAUAGCUGUUAGAAUUAUUGCCGAAUGUCUUUCCGAGGAGGAAAUUGCAGGACUUAAAGAAAUGUUUAAAAUGAUAGAUGUGGAUAAUAGUGGACAAAUCACCCUGGAAGAACUAAAAAAUGGUCUGGAAAGAGUGGGCUCCAAUCUCAAGGAUUCAGAAAUAAUCGAUUUGAUGCAAGCGGCUGAUGUUGAUAAUAGUGGAACCAUAGAUUACAAGGAGUUUGUAGCAGCAAUGCUCCACCUAAAUAAAGUUCAAAAAGAGGAUCACAUGUUCGCAGCUUUUUCAUAUUUCGACCAAGAUGGGAGUGGAUACAUCACCCAUGAUGAGCUCCAACAGGCUUGCGAGAAACUUGGUAUUGGAGAUGUUCAACUAGAAGAAAUCAUUCAUGAAGUUGAUCAAGAUAACGAUGGUCGAAUUGAUUACAGUGAGUUCGUGACCAUGAUGCAAGAUACUGGUUUGGGAAUAAAGGGAUUGCAAAAAAUCUAAAGCACGGGGGUCUAAGAAACACUCUUAUCACGUUUGCUACUACGCAUCACUAGAAAAAGAAAAUUAGAGUGCUUUUUAUUGUAAAGAUUAGCCAUGAUCUAGAAAUGGACCUCCGCUCUCUUUUAGUGCAUUCAUUUUGUAUCUUUUGUUUGGUUAUGGACAGCCUGCCCCAUAAACCUAUUGCUCAAUUUAUGCGUUGUAUCAUUUUGCUCAUCAAGGGAGUGCAUUGAAUUAGGACUUUUAUAGGCCUUUUUAAGUGACAAAUUUUGUAGAAUUUAUGAAUUUGUAUAGAUAUGUAUGGAAUUAAUGUAAGUUUUUCAUAGACUUCUAUACACUUUUAUUUUAAAA